UCACACUUUGUUUGUUUCCCUCUUCUAUAAUUUUUCCUGUAACAGACGCCAGAGAUAACCCCACACCGGACCUGAAAGCAAAGCAAAGCAAACAAAACUAGAUACAGUUGCUUGCACGAUCUCUGAAAGCAAAGAAGAAUCUCACAAUACCCAAAAAGGAGUGGCCUUUACUCUCGUGUCUUCAUUCACAUCAUCUUCGGUUUCUUUUCUUGUUCGCUUUCUGGUUAAGCAGAGCCUUUAGCACAGAAUUAAAAGGAUUAUCUGUUCUAAAUUUUGUUCGAAAUAUCUCACUCCUUUCUGAUGGCAAGUAUCAGUGUACCAACGGCCCAAGAAUUAACAAAGCCAGAUGAGGCUAAAUCGAGACGAAAUUCUACAGGAAAGAUAUUAUCGUCGAACAGUGGAGAAAAAGUUCCUCAUUAUCUCAGGGCUUCCACUGGUUCCUGUCAUGAUUUUUGUAAAUAUGGGAGGAAAGAUGCAUUUGAAGAGAAGGAAAGAUGCCCCAUACGGGUUGUACCAAGAAGACUCUCAACUAAACCACUUGAUAGCCAAAACUCAGCAGAAAGUGUAGUUUUGCCAGAGAUCAAGAAUAUAUCAGUGAUCAAGCUCAAUCAUUCACCCGAGUCCAAAAUCCUCUCACCUGAUACAUGUACCAUCGCCAAGCAGGCCAAGCAGCAACUGCCAAAAAGGUCAGCUGACAGAAAAACUGCUGUUGGGAGUGAGCUUCUUGCUGAGAGGAAGAAGCCAUCAUUGGUGAAGUUCAAAACGUCAUCCAAUUCAAAACCUCCUGUAUCUGCUGUGCCCAAAACUGUGAAGCAGGAAGUUUCGUCAUCUCCUGAAAAGCUGAAAGUCUCUUCAAAGAAAGGUUGGACAAAACUUAAGGAGAAAGACUUGUCUACAAAACAUGUCACUUCUUCGAAGCCAAAAUCUCUGACCACGAAGGAAUUGUCAUCUUCUGAUACUUCAGGAGGUUCAGAGGGGAUAAGAAACAGUAAUUCAAAGGUAGGCCAGAGGACAGUCACCUCUCUGAAGCCAAAAUCUUUGGCUGUGAAGCAAAUUUCUUCUCUUGACUCUUCAGGAGGCUUAAAUGGCGAUAGAAAAAGUGAGGCGAAGAUAGGCAAGAGGGCAGGAACGUCCUUUGUUGCUUUAAAGAAAGUAUUGGUGCCCCCAACAGGAUCAUUGUCCCCAAAACCUUCUCUCAGGAGAGUUGCAAGCUUAAAAGCACAGGACAGGAAUGUGAAAGUUACUCCUCUUAAGAAUCAGAACAAGAUCGGAGAAGUUAUAGCUAAGCAACUCAACAAUGAUGAGACUCCGGAGAAGACCUUGUAUGUCAUUAAGAUUGAGACUGAGAACAAACCUCUGGAAUCUGAUCAAAACAAAAAUUGUGAAGGUCCACCACCUUCAUCCUCCUCAUCAUCGCCCAAGUCUUUGUCCCUCCCAAACAGCAUGUCCCUUUCACCCCUUGAAGGAGAAGAUCAAGAGUCUGAAUAUACAAUGACAGAAACAGAAGAGGAGUCUUUCUCAGAAGACGAUGAAGUGGACAACGAAGAAAAUGCAGAGACCCGAGAUGAGGAUUACAAAGGGAAGCCCAGAAAGUCUGGGAUGGUUUGUUCUGAAGAUGUGGAUAGCCAUCCUUUAAAGUUUAGGAGGGGAAAGGUGGUUGACAUGCAAUUUCAGAAUAAUAGACCAAGGAGGCUCAAAUUUAGGAGAGGAAAAGUGUUGGGAGAGAACGAAAAUUUCAAGGCUGAUGCCCAAAGGCGAAGAUAUAAGAAGAGAGAAGGUGUUGAUGGCGAUGCAAUUGGUACCAAACCUGGUGCAGAAAAGGUUGUUUUGAGACAUCAAGAUGUUCAGGGGAAGAAAGAUGAGAAGGGGUUGUUUAAUAAUGUAAUUGAAGAAACUGCAAGUAAACUGGUUGAAACCCGGAAGAGUAAGGUCAAGGCCUUAGUUGGUGCUUUUGAAACAGUGAUCUCACUUCAAGAGUGCAAACCUUCUGCAAAUUCGGUUUCUUGAGUUGGAAGCAUAUCAGAUGGUAAUAAAGCCAAGCUUGUAAUGUGUGAAUUUGAGGUUUACAAGCUAAUGGCAUUGGAAAUAUGUCUAGGUAGAUUGCUUCAGCUGUCGUAGAUUUGAAUGGGAGUCUUGCGAGCACAGAUUCUAACAGUAUCCCGAAUUUCAUACCAGAUAUGAUUGAUUUUUAGUUUCUUAUCUUUUGAAUAAAACAAUUAUACUCAAUAGUUUGUAUA